AUUUUUUUAUCUUAAUCUGUUGAUUUACAUAACAUGCCUCGAUGUUAUAAACUGCAUGUCGUCACGUGUAAAGAACAGCCCUAAAUUCUAAUGGCUUUUCAUGCAUAAUUGUUUGCAAGCAAUUUCAGGGUGAGCCGAACUGAAAUAUGUGACAAAGUGGCGGAAAUGCAUGAAAAUGCAUCGGGAUACUCUGGCAGCAUUUUAAUAGGUUGCAGCGCGCCAGCCGACAAGUACAGACAUCAUUCCUCCGCGAGACAAGCGCGUGGACAGACAGCCUUUCCUCUUUAGUUCGCUUUCGCUUUUAUUUUUUCAACAAACACCGGCAUUUUAUUCAGCACAUUAUUAAAGGACCAUGUCCUUCUCUCUUGUUUUGAAAGCCAAGCGUGUAAGUCGGAGAUUUGUGUUCCAGUCUUGAUUAUUUGUCUCGGUUGCUGGAGGUGUUUGUGCAAUUGAAGUGUGUCAUCAUCUGUGCAUUUGUUUCUCUCGUGAACAAGAGCAGAAAGAUGCUCGGGGAUUCAAUCGAGAGAUAAGGCGCCUUUUUCGCAAAGCCAGAGAAAUCUUGGACAUUUUCAAUCAUUUUCUUGUGAUAUCGCACGGUUUUUGGACCUACACUUGGCAUUGCGUUUUUCCUUCUUCUUCUUUUUUGACUCUGAGAGGAAAAUCUCGACCAUCAGCAGUGGGGGAUGCAGAUUUCCUUUGGCUUUUUUCACCUCCACGCACCCCCAACCUUUACAGCUGAGGGAGGAAAAUAAAUACAAAUAUCAAAUACAGUGGAGCAUCCCCCCCUCUUUGAAGGAGCAUCACUGGAGCCAUGGCUGGUCCACAGCUUUGGACCUGGAAACUGCGACGACAGGUGUAGAAGACGACAGAUUUCCUUCGUUUUUUUUCUUUUCUUUUCCAUCGUUUUCUUUGGUUUGGGGGUUUCUCCAUGGUUUGCCUCAAGAAGACUUUCCAGCACUUUUGCAGAAGCUGAGAGAGAUGUCUGAUCUUCUGGUGUUGAUCGAGGGGGUCUCUGACCUGCACGGAUUUCCAUAGCUGAAGAAAAACAGCUGGGACCCAUUAAAGAUCCUUUUCAAGCAUCUCGUUUUGCUUUGCAGGGCCAUCACACAUGUGUGCAUCGGUGGUUUGAUCGCAGUCAUUCAUUUGGCCUUUUUUCCUCCCAUACCCUUUUGUUGGAUUCUUUUGAUUGUUAUUAUUUUUAUCACAUCAGUUUGGAGCAAGGCGGUUGGAUUACUGAAACUGAAUAAACGGAUUUGUGGAAAUGUUGGGUCCUCAAGAAGACAAAUUAUGUGGAAUUGUUUCUGCUCUGGCAGCUUUGUCCUUUGUCUGCUUUGCACAAAGCACCUCCACCGGAAAUACCGGAAUAUCUGUGGCCAAGACGACAGUGGACAAAUUGCUAAAGGGGUAUGACAUCCGUCUCCGGCCUGACUUCGGAGGUCCUCCAGUCAUCGUGGGAAUGAGCAUAAAUAUAGCCAGCAUUGACUCCAUUUCAGAAGUCAACAUGGACUACACCAUCACCAUGUAUUUCCAGCAGAGCUGGAGGGACAAGCGGUUGGCCUACGCUGAGAUGGCUUUGAACCUCACUCUGGACAACCGUGUGGCCGAUCAGUUAUGGCUGCCAGACACCUACUUCCUGAAUGACAAGAAGUCCUUCCUGCACGGCGUGACGGUGAAGAACCGAAUGAUUCGUCUCCACCCAGACGGCACUGUUCUGUAUGGACUGAGAAUAACCACUACAGCAGCUUGCAUGAUGGAUCUGAGACGAUACCCCCUCGAUGAGCAGAACUGCACCCUGGAGAUUGAGAGCUAUGGAUACACAACAGAUGAUAUUGUGUUCUUCUGGCAAGGAGGGGACAGCGCUGUGACAGGUGUGGACAAACUAGAACUGCCUCAGUUCUCCAUUGUGGAGUUACGUCUUGUGUCCAGAGAAGUGAGGUUUACAACAGGUUCAUACCCACGGCUGUCGUUGAGUUUCCGCAUUAAAAGAAACAUUGGCUACUUCAUCUUGCAGACCUACAUGCCCUCCAUCCUGAUCACAAUCUUGUCCUGGGUCUCCUUCUGGAUCAACUACGAUGCCUCUGCUGCUCGUGUGGCCCUGGGUGUAACUACGGUGCUCACUAUGACAACCAUCAACACCCACCUGAGGGAGACCCUCCCAAAGAUCCCCUACGUGAAAGCCAUCGAUGUCUACCUCAUGGGCUGCUUUGUCUUUGUGUUCCUGGCCCUGCUCGAAUAUGCCUUCGUAAACUAUGUGUUCUUUGGACGGGGACCCCAGCAGCAGAAAAAGAUCAACGAGAGGCUGAACAAAGCCAACAACGAACGUCCCCGCUACGAGGAGAAGCGUCUGAGAGAACAGGACUCCAUUUCAGCGCCGUUUCAAAGCAACACCCUCAGGUCAUAUACACAGAGAAGAAAUCUGUAUCUCGAGGAACAAAGAAAAGUCGGGGUGGAUGCUUAUGGAAACAUUCUUCUCACCACUUUGGAAAUGAACAACGAGGUGAUGCCGUCCGACGUCGGGAGCAGCGUCAGUGACUCCCGCAAUUCCGUCAUGUCCUUCGACAGCUCCGGAGUGCAGUUUCGCAAGCCCAUGGCUUCGCGGGACGGGUUCAGCCACCACUCGUUGGACCGCAGCGCCAUGCGCAGUCGCGCCAACUGCCGGCUAAGGAGGCGCUCAUCCAAGCUGAAGCUCAAAAUUCCCAACUUGACGGAUGUUAGCACCAUUGACAAGUGGUCCCGGGUCAUUUUUCCUAUCACUUUUGGAUUCUUCAACCUUAUCUACUGGUUGUAUUACGUGAAUUGAUAUGCGUUCAUCUAGGAAACAUGGGCCAUAUUUUGAGAGCACAUUGAAUUGGCUUUGAUACAAUUGGAAAAUAUGUGUACACAUAUAUGAAAAGUUGAUACAUAUGUAUAUGCAUAUUUCUAUAUAUUAUAUUUCUAUAUACACAUGCGUGUGUAAAAUCUAAAGGACUUUUCUGGUGUAAAAAACGUAUUAUAUAGAAUGACUUGAAUGUUUAAGAAUAACACAAGAGAAACAUUUCAAGUAUUUGAAUUUCUUUUCCUUCUGAAACAAACGACAAACAAACUAACUAACAAACAAACAAACAAACAUCAAUUCCCCAUUCGAGGGUACGGAACAGAAGACUGCAUGAUAUUUUUGCUAAAAGAAAAGAUCGUAAGAUAAAAAGGACACAUCAGAACGUCUCAUCUGCUUUUUAUCAAUACUGUAAUCAGCCUUUCCCAACCGCAGCUCAUGAAAUCAGAAGUGGCUUGUGUGUUUUGGGGGUGGCGUCAAACGAGAAGAACCCCGGAUCUGACCCACCGCUUUCCCCUCCCCAUGGAAUAGACUCACGGAAAUGUCCGUUUCUACACUGUACAGCAACCUCUUUUGGAAUUAUGUGUCAUUCCUUCAUUUUGCAAGCGACAAGCGUUCUCUUUACUGGACCUCAGCUCUGGUCUAUAUGGUUUACAAAGGACGGCUAUCUUGAUUUUAACCAAUGCAUCCUGCCCAGAGUCAGUACGUUUUGGUUUUCUCUCUCUUUCUCUUCCCUUUUUGGCAAUUCUCUUUUCUUUCAAGUUUGGUCUAAAGGUAUAAUCGUAUUUUUGGAGGGCGUCACCCUAACAUGUUCUAGAGGUAGUUCAUUAAUAGAUAAAUAAGCCACUGGUAUGCUUCAUUCAUCUGGAAUUUAAGAAAAUGUAGAAAAAAUAAGAGUAAUUCAUUUAUUCAUUCAUUCAGUAGCCUUAUUGACAUGGUCAGGUAGUAUUAUUGUUCUUUCUUUACUCUUGUUCCUAGUGCAUUUCAUCUGUUCUAUUGAUACAGCAUCUUGUAGAUCUUUGUGUUGUUUGGAGUGAAAGAGGGGGAACCCUUAGUGAGCUGUAACGUCUCUUCAGAACUUGGAUUCGAAGUUAGUCCAUCAACUAUGUGAAAAUGUACAAAACAAGGAAAGAAAAGAUUAUUGUGUAUUAAACAGGGGAUGUGACCACGUUUUUAUCUGUUUCAUGUUUAAGUCGAUCAAUCCGACCAUAGUGUGACCUGAUAUUGUAUAUAUUCCGACAUUGUAGUGAUUCAUCCCGAGAACGAUACGCACCGAUGUUUUAAGUUUCUCUAAAAUGUGCCUGUUUGAAACCUGAAGGAUGUGUCCUCAGUUCAUCAAUCGGUGAAAGAGGGUCGAACGACCCUCGAUCUUUGACCUUUCACUUUAAGCACUGCAGACCCACCCACAGCUCUGAUGUUUUACAUCUUGGGAUUGAAUCUCGCAGAUGAAUUACAUCGGCAUAAUCAGGAAAAAAAGCUUCUGAGUUUUAUCGGGGCAAAAUGACAUGUACUAUAAAAGCCAUGAACUGAAGUGACAACCAAAAAGGCCUAUAAUCCAUUUCUCUUUUUACCAUUUACCUCAGAUUAACCCGACACCACUUUCUUUGGGCUUCGCCUCAUUAUGAUUUACCUCGACAUUUUCUGGGGAGGGUCUUUCACCACGCCACUGUCAUUGAGGUCACCAUUGAGAUCUCAGUCUAUCUGCUGGUCAAUACGACCUCCCUUCCAUCAUACCCAUCGAUUCAUCUACCGUCCAUUUCAUCCACGUAGUCUCUAAAUGUCUCAAUGCUCAGAAUCAGUUAGUUGAGGGGAAAGCGACUCACUGUGAUGUUGGAUCAGUUUUUGAGGAUCUAGAUUAGGGUUUAAUUGCUAGAAAACUGGGCAAGGAGACAUUUAAACAGUAGGUAUGGUCCAGUGGAAGCUUGGGAACAUGAAGCCCUAGACUAUGUUGAGUUGGAUAUUAUUGUGGAGGACAUUCUGAGCAGGCCUCAGACCUCAGAGCUCAAGAUAGUCCUCAGGCUCUCGGUUCACAUCGUACUACACAAGACCUUUCAACGGUGGGACAAUAGUAACCACCAAACCACAGAUCAGUCAUUCAUACAGUAUGAAAGAACAAUGGAAUCAGGGACAACUGACGAUUUAAAAGAUUACGUUACUUGUCAGCAGAUGACUACAGAAGCAUAUUUGAGGGAUUUUCACUUAUUGUGUUUUUAUUAUUAUUAUUAUUAUUAUUAUUGUGAGCACGACCAUAACGCCUGUGCAAGGGAGUCGCUACUCUCACGUGCAAAUAGGAGAAUGCACAGAUAUCAAGUGUAGCAAUUUUAAAGGUACGCGUAAAACUGCACUAAAUGAGGCUGGAGGUCAGACUGCUUUUUGUGAGCAUUGCUCACAAUGUUACCAGUGUUACGGUGGUGCCUUGGCCAGUUAUAACUCCCAGUAGGCAUUGAAUAUGCUGCAACGCUUUGCCAUUGAACGUUCAAAGGCAAAGUUUAGUUUAGCCAAGACAGAACAAUUAGGUAUCUUGGAAUAUUAUAUAACCCAUGUGGGAUAGAUAUGAAUCUAUAAUGUAGACCUGUUAAGCGCCAAUUUCAGUCCACCUCUACUAGUGCAGUAAUUUAGUCUACUUAGCGAUAAUAACAUGACAAUACCCAUCAUGUCAUCAGUUGGUUAAAAGAAAGGCCUUGGAUUUUUUCAGAGACUGGAGAAAACAGUUUGCAUCGCCUUUGACACAAGGGGAUGUCGAUUUAGGCAUGCCUCCUAGGUGGCAUAUGCUUUAUUAAGCGCCAGCUCCUAUUAACUCAUAAGACUGCACAAUAUGACCAUUUAAAGGAUAUCGAUAUAUUUUUCUAUCAGAUAUUUGUGCUCUAUAAAGUUAUCAAUCAGUGUGUAUGUAAGUGCUCUAUUUUUUUCUCUUUGCGCAACUGACAAUAGAGCAAAAUAAGCAUAUACGGUAUAUAGUGAUCAUAACCUGUGGUUCGAUUAGAAAUCCUUAGAAGUAGUUAGUACAAGGUGUUCAUAAAUACAGUAUAUGCACGUACCGUAAUUUACCACCAGUUUGCUCCAUAGCUUGUUUUAGACUACACAAAGUCCCAAACACAUAGCGGCGGCACUGUACAAUUUUACUCUGUUUAAUGUUCACAGGGUACGCUGAAACACUACUGCUCCACCAAGAGUCGAGUUUUUAAUAGAGUAAGGAUUAGCUACAUGCUAAUGCAGUCAUACUGUGCCACUGACACUUGCUGGAUGUCGAAUUCGCUCAAUUUGCUAAAGCGGAUAUUGUGUUGAUCAUAUGUCCAUGUAGCACUCUGUUAGUUCACAGCGAGCUUACACCUAGAAUCGAUUUUUGAUAGGAUUCUGGUUUUUGUGGGCAUUUGUCCCUGCAAGAUUUGCCUUAACAAGAUCACUAAGCAUUUUGUGAAAUAUUUCAGAGCAAUACAAUGCAAACACAUCACAAAGUUUGUGAAAGAGUUAUACUCUUUCAAAUCAAUUCAAGCCUUAAAAUUUGUUUUAGAGCAUUAGGAUUUGAACAUUGGACUUUUGGGGUGCAGUUUAGUUUUUUAGUAGUGCGUACUUGAGAAAAUAGAGUAACCAGUUCGUUUUUGCAGUUUAAUGAUUCCCACUGCUAAAUCUGCUAAAAAUACGUAUGGGUUUGGAAUAAACUUAAAUUUUUCAGACAAUACAGCUAGAACUACCCACACUGUAAAAAUGCAGCAUGAAGUUAAAACAACUUGUUUUGCAAAUCAAUUCAACCUACUAUUUUAAGUUUUCAACCUUGAUUAGUUGAUAUUACUUAUAAUAACAAGUUGAAAUCGUUUAAUAUAAUUUAGUAACAUAAAAAUAUACACAUGAACUCACGGAAAGUCGUGUUAUAGUCACAAAUAUUUUGAUUAAUUUAUUUGUGUCCAUGGCACGAAAUUCAGCUUUUUUUCGCGCCUUGGGCACGAAUGUCUUUUUCUUGUGACUCGCAUAAAUUUCUACGCAUGGUUUUUCGUGUCCGUGGCAUGACUUUCUUUUUCGUGUCAUUUUAUGUAUUGUUUUCUCAUUUUUUCCCCCUAUUUUUAAAUCAUUGUCGUUUGGGCUUGGGGUUAGAUUUGGGGUUUGGGUUAGGAUGUACUUUUAUUUAUUGGUUUCUACAUGUUUUUCUUCUGUUUUUAAAACUAUGCUCGUCUGGAUUUGGGGUUAGAUUAGGGGUUUGGGUUAGGAUGUAUUAAAAUGUAACAGAAAGUGAUUCUAACCCCAACCCAAAGUGACAAUGGUAAAAACAAAGAAGAAAGUCGUGCAAUGGACAUAAUAAACUAUUUAUAGAAAUGCAUGCGAGUAACACAAAAAAGAGCUGAAUUUCGUGCCAUGGACACAAAUAAAUUAAUAAAUUUUUUUGUGACUAUAACACGAUUUUUCCGUGAGAUCAGUCUGGAAUAUAUGUGGAUUUGACAUCAUUUUUUACAGUCAGCCAGCAAUCUUGUGUUUAAAAGGCACCUAAUAGCCGUCCAAACACAGCCCAGAUGUUUAGACUAAAGCAAGGCAAAAUGUGCACUGUAAGCGAAAAUGUAAUAUUCGUCAACAAAAAUAAAUAAAUGAAACCAAACGCCUAAUUAUUAUAUGAAAUAUCAUACAUCUUACAAGUUAUUUAGGCAAAAAUGACAUGUAACCAAAUUCUUGCUGGGUAAAUAUUCCAAUAGUCCAGUAAAAAAAUGAAAUCUUAACUAACCUAACUGCUAAUUUUUUGUCAUUUUCCUGCCUGACCAGUUUGCCAAAUCUGCAACUACUGCUGUACAAACAUAUUGAUAUAUUUUAUAGCUAUAUAGUAUAACUGCAUCUAUGAUCGGGUUGCUGGUUUAAAAAUAUAAUCUUAGCCAUCAGGGUAACCAAACACUCUCAGUAUAGCUCAUAUCUGUGGCAUAUCUGGUGCAUCGUAUGGCAUUUUAAAACGUUUAUGGUUUAAUCAUAGUGUUGGGAUAGAUAGAUAGAUAGAUAAAUUGCAUUAAGACCAAUUUACCAGUUUACAAGGGUCAUUUGGCCAAAAUACUCAGAUAAAUGUAGCAGCAGUGGGCUAAGAGCGUGAUAGUAGUUGACUUUAGGCAGUCCAUAUUAAACUACUGAUCUUUUUAGUUGUUAUUGAAAUUGCGAGUUUAAGUUUGUAUUCUUUGAAAAUACUAAGGCUAUAUUAUGACUGAUUCUGCAUGAUUAGCUUUUGUGUGCUCACGCACCUUCUUGUCGCGCAUCAAAUGAAUUAGUAUGAAUUGAAUUCAUCUCAAAUGUUGUCAGAGUUGUUAUCGGUCCAUCCGAGGAUCUGUCAGACAGGUUUAAGUUGUGUAACAUAUUGCUGCUAGUAAGUCUAUUUGGCCGUUUCUUGCCACCUUAAAAACUGUGUUUGAAAGAAUACAGGGCCUUCAUGCCUACAUCUGACGCUAGUAAUCUUGCACAAUCUCUGAGAAAUAGUGGCUCAGCGGUAGAUACACUAUCAUAACACACACACAUCUAUUGAGAUGAGCGUUGUUUGAAAUACACAACACUGAGAUAUUAACAUUAUGUCAAGGUAGCAUACUCUUCAACACUGAUGGGAUUGUCGGCCUUUUUCGGAGAAUGUGACUCAUGGUAUUAGGAAAGUAUCAUUUAUUUGGCGUCGUUUGUUAGGGGAUAAGAGAUGGAUUUAUUUUGCCUUGCACUGUGUCUCAUGUUGUUUUUUAUGGUUUUUUUUUUGUUAUUUUUGGGAAAAAAGGAGCUUUGCACAACUCAUUUGGGUGGGGCGAGGGGGGGAGAUCUGGCACAACUCAAUGAUGCUAAUGUUUUCUGAUGACAAUGGAGGACAUAAUUAUCUACGCACUUAACACAAAUCACCCCAUAUGCUCACUUCCACAUUUUCAUAUCAUUAACAUAACUCGACAAAUCAACGAAUAGCUUUGACUCGAGUACAUCGGUUUUCGUCUUUUGCUACAUCCACCCACGAAGCAGGAGAUAAAGGAAGUACAAAAACUGUUGAACUGAUUUUAAUGUGAAUUUUUCUUGCCUCUUGUGUAUAUGUGUAAUUACAUGUGAAUUGUAUUGUAAAUAUGAUAUCUUUCACUUAUAUUUCUUAAUGCAUGAACAAAACAGGGCAGUUGCUAAUAACAGCUAGCCUCAAUGCUAUCGGCAUGGACAGCUUUUUGCAGUACAGGCAUAACGAAACCUAUCUCUGAAAAAAAAAGAAAAAGAAGAGGAAAAAAUCACAAAAGAUACCGGUUUUGUUUUGCAUGUCUUACGUUCUUGGAAAGGUUUAUUUUUACCAUUUUUUUUUCCUAUUCUGAAACUGGCCAUUCACGUCGCCCUCACACACAACGAAAAGGUUUUCGGUUUUUCACGAACAGACACUGAAGCAAACACUGUAAACCUUUAAUCAAAUUAAGAAAUUGAAAUAAUAAUACCAUCAUGCUGUAAAGUUACCACAACAGGAGAGCAAUGGAGAAAAAUAUGUAAACGAAUAUGCACAUUUUCAUCCACUAUCCUCUCCUGUGUUUUAUGUAUCACAUACAGUUUAGAGUAGAUAGACACACCUAGAUCCGAGUGGACUAGACCUGCUUACAUCUCGUCGAAACAAAACAGCAAGAGUUCGACUGGCAGACUUCAUUGCUGAUUAUGAAACCUUUACUGAGCAAAUCAGAGUUUGUAAAAAUGUAUGUCCCGCUCAUUUUAAUGUGUUGAAUUCUUUAUUAUUAUUAUUAUUUUAUUUAUUAUUUUGCACUAAGAUGGUGUACACAGCACACACAAGCAGAAUUUCUAACCUGAAGUGUGAGAAUCCUCUUAAAAUUGGCAAAUAUCUCUAGUGUAGGGCAACCACUUCAUAACCGAUUGAUGAGAAUUCAAUCGUUAUUCAGUAAUGUUUGGUUUUAUUUUUUCUAGUUGCCUGUGUUUGUUGUGUUCUUUAAAUGAAUUGUUAAUCUUAUCGUUGAUGUUUUUUCAUAGAAAGGAAAUAUAUUUCUACUUUUCAUCCUGCCCUGAAAGUAAAAUGCAUUCUGUUUGUGUGUUGUACUGGUUUUGUUCACAUAAAGAAUUGGGUUUGAUUCUGUUGAACUGUUGAGGUGUGUUGAAUUUUGAUGAUCCAUUUGGGGGUAUGAUUUGUCUUCAUGAAAUCAACAUUUGUAAAGUAUAAGGUUGUAUUUUCUUCAUUUCCUUUACUUUUCCUUUUCGUUUGUUUUUCGUUUGUUUUGUUUUAAUGCUUUCGUUUCUUUUUGUCAGUGCCAAUUAAUGUAAUGGUGUCGGUCAGCUUUUCUAGGUGUUUGAGCAAAAUGUGUUUUUUACUAAUACAAGAUGUUACAGUAUGUGGUACAAAAAAGGGUUCUAAAUAACCAACUGACUUUUUACAAAUAAAGGCUUAUACAGUAAAAAAAUGACAAUGCAAGUCUUUUAAUUUGCCAUUUGUGGACUAAUGCUUGCAUUGAAACUAAUUAGUCCGCAAAUGGUAAAUCGUAUCUGCUGCAGGUCUUGUACAUUUCUUUUUUUUCUGUUUUUUGAAAGGGCUGCAGGGACAAAAAUGGGGCAAGCUGAGAUUGCGAACAGACGUAAGACCAUAGCAAUGUCUUGUAUGAUCGGUUUGAAUUUGAUUAUUAUCAUGACACAUAAGGAUUUACCUCCAGCCCAACCAUUGGUCCUUAAUA